AAUGGCCACUUUCUUUAGCUCUCCUCCGUUUCUCUCCCACCCCAUCACAAGAACUCUGAACUUCUCUUCCUCUUCACCACCCCCGCAGAAUCCUCCGCCGCCGCCGCCGCAGCCGCAGCCGCAGUCGCCGCCUCCGCCUCAGCAGCUGAGCGCCGCCUUGUCGGAGCAGCCCCAGCCGGUCUCGGUCAAGCCUCAGAAGAAGCAGAGGACGACGGUCGAGUCGACGGACUGGAUCGCCAGUUCCCUGACCCGGCGGUUCGGGCUCGGCGCGGGCCUUGCUUGGGCGGCGUUCUUGGCCGUGGGCGUCGUCUCCGAGCAGAUCAAAACCCGCCUCGAAGUUUCCGAGCAGGAAGCCAGUACGAGGAACGUUGAGAAGGAAGAAGAAGUGGUUUUGCCUAAUGGGAUAAGGUACUAUGAACUUCGAGUCGGUGGCGGCGCAUCGCCGAGGCCAGGGGACUUGGUCGUGAUUGAUCUCAAGGGGAAAAUAGAAGGAAGUGGCAAAGUCUUUGUCGAUACAUUCGAGGGUGAUAAGAAGCCGCUGGCAUUAGUGAUGGGUUCGAGGCCAUACAGUAAAGGAGUGUGCGAAGGAAUAGAGUACGUUUUGAGAUCGAUGAAGGCGGGAGGUAAGAGGAGAGUGAUAGUCCCUCCAGGUUUAGGAUAUGGAGAGAAGGGCACUGAUUUGGGCACAGGGGUCCAGAUUCCUCCGUCUUCAACCUUAGAAUACAUUGUUGAGGUCGAUAAAGUCUCGAUUGCACCUGCUUGAGAUAUCACAUCUGGAUAAAGUACAGUAGGAGUAACGCACUUGCCAUAUAUUCAUUUUCGGUCUGGUUCUUUUUGGAAUGCAUUGCCAAGGAAUAUCAGCUCUUAAGAAGCUUCUGGGUCCA